UGUCGCUGUGACGCCAUCAGCCUGCGACCGCGCGGCUCCGGGGUUUCCGCGGGGUGGUCCCUCUCCGCUUGAAGCCCUAGAGCUGCUGCCUGUCGUGUGCGGCCUCUGACCUGGGAGCGAAGGGAAAAGCAGCGAGAUGACGGACCGCUACACCAUCCACAGCCAGCUAGAGCAUCUGCAGUCCAAAUAUAUCGGCACCGGCCACGCCGACACCACCAAGUGGGAGUGGCUGGUGAACCAGCACCGCGACUCCUACUGCUCCUACAUGGGCCACUUCGAUCUUCUCAACUACUUCGCCAUUGCCGAGAAUGAGAGCAAAGCGCGAGUGCGCUUCAACUUGAUGGAGAAGAUGCUGCAGCCUUGCGGCCCGCCAGCCGACAAGCCGGAGGAGAACUGAGACCGCGUCGUGUCGCCGCUUGCUUUCCUUGUACAGAGGCGCUUACCCGGGGCGUCCCGCCUGACCUGCCUUCCUGCGGACUCCGUUUUCCUGCGGAACACAGCGUUGGGAGACCGUCAGGACCUCUGAGAACUGUGACCGGAUGGUAGAGAGAUCCUAAGCCCAGCAAACGUUAGAGAAGACGGCACUGGAGUGAGACAGGAUUUAGAGGCUCAUUUUCCACUAGUUGAUUGUCCUUGUUUUUUCCAUAAAGUUUAGGAAUGUUUCAGUCUCUUGGUGUGGACUACUUGUGUGCUGGUG